CUCAACGUUGUGCUGUCCAAGAUUCUCAACUACUCAACCAACCACACGUGGACCUCGGCUCGGGAUCGGCGAUUGUGGUUAUCCGAGCUGAUAAUGUAAUCAACCAAUUCUGUCACCUCAAACACAUCGUGCAUGGGAGAUAAAGGAAGAAUAUUAGAAAAUAAGCAAGGUUCUACGUGACUACAGCCCUGAAUCUUCCUCAGCGUAUGACUUGCUCAUUGCUUAAGGUGUCCGAGGUGCUUCUUGUGUAGAAAAUCAAGUUCCGCGUUCAGACGCCACCGCAUAUCCCCACUUCAGGACUCGGUUUCUCAAGCUGUAUCCGAGGCGAAGAGCGCAUACUUUCCACUAGUUCUCAUCAUUCUGUUCCAGAGUCACAAUGUCCACACAAUCGGCAAAGCCUGCAAUCGAACGGAGAUCUUCGCGCAGAAGUGCAGGCAGGCCUCGGCUCACUGAACCUGGUGCUGCUAAAUUGUCAGAGACUCGACGAAGCCAAAUUAGACGUGCUCAGAAAGGCUAUCGAGAGAGAAAAGAAGCAACUGUUCAAAAAGCGCAGACGCUUGUCGCUGAGCUCGAACAGCGCCUGAGUAGAAUUGGAGAGUUACUACAAGGUUAUAGAAUCACUCUUCAGUCGAUUCUGCAAGGUAGACAUCCCGGACUUGUCGAUGACCUUGAUAGUAUCCUUGCUUUACUGCCUACAGCGCCGGCUGAGGUGAUGCAAGCAUCCAGCGGCGCUGAGUUUCCAUCGAGGGAGAUGUCAGCGUCCGUGCCACGCCUACCUGAUCAUGACGAAUGUGUAGGCCAUUGCUCCAAUGACCUCUUGGCUAGUGGCCAAGCGAUAAUCACUCAGUCAUGUGGCACAUUUGAUGCGUCUCCCCGAUCCGAUGUCACAUGCUCUCUAGAAGUUGGGCAAAAUAGUCAACGUUCAGCACCGGCUACCAGGAGCAAGCAUGUGAGAUCGGUGCAACCGAUUGUUCGAUCUAUCGGGGCACAUGACCCCUACACAUAUUCAUACCUAGAAAGCUCUUUUACCCGAAGACUGAAACGGACCAGCUUGGAACAUGCCUUUCGCAUAUUCAGUGACCCUCACGCUCAUCCACUGGAGGUCUUCCGACUUUUCCGACUUGUUCCCUGUUUCCGAGACAGGGCCAAGAUGUAUCUCUUCUUCAGAGAUUUGGUGAGCUCGCCACGAGGGCAUUGUCUCGAAAUUCUGUCGCUACCAUUCUAUUCGGUUGGGGGAGCAGGAACCCACUAUCGGGCCGUGGACCAAGCGGGGAACCCUAUCUAUCCUUCGGGGGCGAGAAUCCCGCGGAGGAUACUGGGUAUUUUACCUAUGGCCGAAGCCUCUAAUAGCCCACAUUUCGCCGAUCAAUCCCAGUCCCACAGGCAUCUUGAGCUUUGUGGAUUCGGCGGCGAAUGGUUUGAUUGUCAAGAUGUGGAGGGGUAUCUGAGAGCUAGAGGGGUGGAUAUAGAUGGGUCUAGCGUGCAUCCACUUGUCGCCGAAGUGAAUCCUGCACAUGAUGGUAGCAGUCAUUAUGUGAGUACUUUUGGCUCUUGCACUGAUGAUCCAGGUGUCUCCCACACUGGGAGCGACGUCUCUGCAUCGCCUCGACGAUCACCACAUUACGUACUCGACCUGGAGGCUUUUUCAACAGGAUUACUUCGCGGUAUGGCCAUUUUGGGCCGGGCGCCUGGAUUCCGGCGCGCUGAUGUUGAAAAUACAUUUCAAUCGGCAUUGCGGAGAAGGGUUUAACGUUGCAACUAUUGAUGUACGCUCCCAGUAUUUGUAUGUUGUAUUAGAAGCG